AUGGAAUCAACUGUUCCGCCGGACUAUUCUUCCCGCGUUCCUGAAUCUACAAAUCCAUAUGCACGCCAACCAUCCACCCAUACUUCGCCUGCCGUAGGGGGUGCCCCGCGCGGUGUGCGUUACCAUACCCACACCGCCCCGUGCACGCGCAUCAUAAAACCGGACGAACUAACGGGUUACAUCCAGACACCGACGACCAUCGUCGGCAAAAAGUUCAUGCCCAAGGACGGCGAAGACAUUUGGGAGGUCAUGGAGGUGACGUUUGGCAAAGGAGGCUGGAGCUCGAUUGUCCAGUUUGAAGGGCACGAUGAGAAGCACAGGAUGAUCUUCGAGGAUUUUGUAAGGAUGUUAAGGCAGGGGACUCUUAACGUCGUGGAAUUGGAGUGA